ACAGCCUCACAAGAACGUGCAGCUGGGGCGCUUGUUGCUGUUUUGUUCCCAGAAAACGAGAACUGCCAGCAAUCCUCUGGCAUCUGAAUAGACCCGUGUCAGACAAACUGUAUCUGGACUUGAUGGGAAACCAAGCUGGAAUACCAAGCAGCCCUUUGAUCUGCUGGCAGAAAGGGGGACUGGCUCAGUAAGUAAUCCUGCCUUGCAGUUGCAAAGGUACUCUCCAUAAAGGAGCGAGCCCUCUCGCUGCACAGCCCUGCAAGACACGCCUGCCUGGGCUGUCUCUGUCCUCAUUCCUCCAAACCAGUUCCAACAAUAACAGCAACUCCUGUGUGCAGCUGCCUCGUUAGGGAGAAGAUGUAUUUCUCCUCUUUCUACUGAGGGAUGAAGCUUCCAAAUCUGUGUGAUGUGAGCAGGUGAGGAUGUCUGACAAGUCCAAAUGAUAUUUUCAGGUGUUCUACUGAUCUUGGCACUGACAGAAGAGCUGGUGUUUUCUGUUCAGGUAUUGUCUCCCACUGUCUCCUCCGCUCAGGGCUUCCCGAUGGACACUACCACUAUCACAGCCAUGGGAACAACACCUCACCACAAAGACCGCCACGCGGCAGAGCCCCUUCCCACGUCCACUCACGCUAUUCCCCACCCCGUCAGCCUGGCAGAGAAAGCCCCUUCCACCAGGCAAAAGCAAGCGAGCGACCCUCGCAGCGGCGGAAAGGAAACGUAUCAUUUAUACAACCAGAGUGCUUUGUACUCGGGACAGACUCGCCCCAAGGGGAAAAUAUUCCAGGUCUUCAAAGGCAACUUCACAGAGUCCUCAGAGCCUUACCUAAAGACAACCCUGCACUCUCCCUUCCCUACCCUGAGAAGCCCUUUCACAGACCACCCGUUUCAGUCCCAGACCACAGCAUCCAGUGAUCCGAAUGGUGUGGGGCUGGCAAGAACUACACACUCAGACCCUGCUCCCCACCACAGCACCUCGGGAAGCCUUAGGGAAGCAGAGCGAGGGGACGGGACCGAGCUAGUGGUGCAGGAAGCAGAUUUUGCCACCACAACUGCUGGACCAUCAUCUGAUCCUGAAGCAGUGUCGGUGCCUUUUAAACCCACCCGCUAUGGUGUAUGGGAUAUGCUGAGCAAAAACAACUCUUGGGUAACCUUGAAUCUCAGUACAAAUGUCCCCCUGUUUGCUGGCCCUGGAUCUGCAACAGCAGCAGCGGGUCACUCGGUUCAGACCAGUUUUGACAUCAGCGUCUCCUCCCCGGCAGCGGGAGACCCCAAGGGACCCGCUCCAACACAGCACGGUGCAGUGACUAACGCGACCUUGCUGGGCAGUGCUCUCUCCGCAGUGCCUGCCACGAGGUUGUCCAGCUCCAUUUCCACAUCUGGCUCCACCGCCACCGGGAACUUCCUAAACAGACUGGUUCCCGCCGGGACCUGGAAACCCGGGGUGCAAGGAAACAUCUCCCAUGUCACCGAGGGGGACAAACCCCAGCACAGAGCAACCAUCUGUCUCAGCAAGAUGGACAUUGCCUGGAUCAUUCUGGCUAUCAGCGUACCUAUAUCCUCAUGUUCAGUUCUGCUGACAGUGUGCUGCAUGAGGAGGAAGAAAAAGACAUCUAACCCAGAAAACAAUCUGAGCUAUUGGAAUAAUGCUAUCACCAUGGACUACUUCAACAGGCAUGCUGUAGAAUUACCGAGAGAGAUCCAGUCCCUGGAGACUUCAGAGGACCACCUCUCCGAGCCGCGCUCCCCCGCCAACGGCGACUACCGCGACAGCGGGAUGGUCCUCGUGAACCCCUUCUGUCAAGAAACGCUUUUUGUAGGACAUGAGCAAGUAUCUGAAAUAUGACCCCAACGCUGCCCGCAUAUUGCAGUUUCAUCUCUACUGUCUCCAAAUUAUAAAUAAAUAUAUAUAUUAUAAAUAUAACCUUUGUGUAACCCUGAAUUACAAGAAAUGUUUUCAGCUUUUCUUUUCUCCCUCAGAAUUGUCGACCCCUUUUUUAUAAGUGUGGUAAAACUUUACAGAACAAACUGUGGCUUUAUAAAAUAAAGGUAUUU